AUGAUACAUUACUCGCAGCAGAAACUGAAGAAGCGUGUAGAGAAGAUUCCAUACAACUGCUGCAACAUCCGUGUAGAACAGGAAAUAAGGAAACUGGUUGAUGUCAGGACUCAGACAGCAGGGCUGUGCAGCUCCCGGCCAGUCCUGCUAUUUUUCCUUCACAGGUGUUCGUGGUUGACUGGUGGGCGGAGACGCACACCUGCGACUCAUCCAGCAGCACUCGAGGGACUACAAGAACAGCGUUCGAACAGCGAGAGGACACCAGAGUGUUUUCGUUGCGGUUACCUUCUCGAGCUCCAAGAUCCCCUUCGUGACUCUUCUGUUCCUUCGACCUCCUCCCGAGUCGAACCUGGAUCCAAGGCUCACUCCUACGACCUCCGGUUCCCCUCGCUGUUCUGGAUCUCGGUACCACGGUGCUGCUCGGACCUCCUCGCCCCGCUCAACGGCAACCCGAACACCUGCCAUCAACAUCAAGCUGAGUCCUUACACACACAACCUUCCCGGCCGUGUUCUCUCGCACCUUGUGAACGAUCCGGUUCCCUGUUCCCGAGCCUGCCCGGGCCGUCUCCUCGUUCCCCAGACCGAAUCGCCCUCUCGGACCGCUCGCUCCUCGGCCACAGCACCACGAGCGAGACCCCCCUAGACCCGCUGAUCCUCCGCUUCCGCCACCCGAACCCAUGCACGGCCAAAAGAUCAGGUCCGUCGGUAGAAACGGAGGUACCGACGGACCAACCUAAGUUAACUUGUUCGUCUCCUCCGCGGCUUUGCCUAAGAGCAACCAUUGUUUCUCCCCGAGCUACCCUUUCGUUGUCCGCCCUAGUUGAUUCAGGGUGUGAUUUUAAUUUGAUUGACAGCUCUUUCGCCCGACGGGCUGGGCUGAAGAUUUUUCCUCUUGAUUCGCCACUUCAUGUUUCGGCCUUAGAUGGAGGAGUUCUCCCGAGUAUUACCUACAGAACCCAGCCGUUUGAGUUAGUUAUUUCUGGUAAUCACAGAGAACGGCUUUCCUUUUUUGUUUUUCCCGUAAAACAUGCCCCGUUGGUUCUCGGUGUCCCCUGGCUGCAACAGCACAACCCCCACAUUAACUGGGUGGACCAUCGGGUGGAGUCCUGGUCGUCUAACUGCCAUGCAGUCUGUUUACAGUCUGCGGUCCCAUCUUGUCAGGCCCCGCCGCAGCCGCCCCUUCAGGCAGAUCCAGAGUCCCUAAGAUCGGUGCCUGAGUGCUAUCACGACCUCAGGCAGGUUUUCAGUAAAUCACAAGCCUGCUCCUUGCCCCCGCAUAGGCCCUACGAUUGCGCUAUAGAUCUCCUGCCGGGUGCCCCGCUGCCGGCCAGCCGUCUCUAUAAUAUUUCUCAGGCUGAGCGUCAGGCUCUAGAAAAGUAUAUUAAGGAGUCCCUGGCUGCCGGGCUUAUCCAGACCUCUUCCUCGCCGUUAGGGGCGGGUUUCUUUUUUGUCUCUAAGAAGGACGGUUCUCUACGUCCCUGUAUUGAUUAUCGGGGUCUUAAUGCUAUUACGGUGAAGAAUAGGUAUCCCCUUCCCCUACUCUCCUCGGCCCUUGAACCGGUUCAGUCAGCUACAGUCUUUUCCAAAUUAGAUCUACGUAACGCUUACCACUUGGUGCGGGUCCGCCGGGGGGACGAGUGGAAGACGGCCUUCAAGACUCCUUUGGGUCAUUUUGAGUACCGAGUCAUGCCUUUCGGCCUAUGCAACGCCCCUGCGGUCUUCCAAGCCUUAGUGAAUGACGUCCUCCGAGAUUUCCUAAAUGUAUUUGUGUUCGUCUAUCUAGACGACAUCCUUAUUUAUUCUCGUAAUCUCUCUGAGCAUCAACAACAUGUGCGCCUAGUCCUCCAACGCCUGCUUGAGAACAAGUUAUUUGUUAAGGUUGAAAAGUGUGAAUUUCACAAGCCCUCAGUAGCCUUCCUUGGCUUAAUCCUAGAAGGAGGACGAGUUCGUUCGGACCCCGAAAAGAUCAAAGCAGUCCUCGAAUGGCCAGUCCCCGAAACCAGGAAGCAGCUCCAACGUUUCCUGGGGUUUGCCAACUUUUACAGGCGCUUCAUCCGGGGUUAUAGCCAGAUCGCCGCUCCCCUUCACUCCCUCACCUCAGUCAAAGUACCCUACAUAUGGAAUCCCCAAGCUGACUCAGCGUUCACCGACCUCAAAAAGAGAUUCUCUCAGGCCCCCGUCCUUGUUCACCCCGAUCCGAAGAAGCAGUUCAUCGUUGAGAUUGACGCCUCUGAUACGGGAGUCGGAGCAGUGCUUUCCCAGAAUUCAGACCCAGACCAUAGGCUACAUCCCUGUGCCUUUUUCUCCCGACGUUAUCAGCCUCCUCUACUCCCAGAAGACAACUCACGUAUCACAGUCCCCUCAGUAAAGGACCAUAUCACCCGUUGCAAACAGUAUUGGAACCAGACCAUCCAAGCCCUCAAGAACACUGCCGAGACCAAUCGCCGAUUCGCUGACCGGAGGCACGUCCCUGCCCCCAGUUACCAUCCCGGUCAGCGAGUCUGGCUUUCCACUCGAGACCUCCCCUCCCGAGCAGCCUCCAAGAAACUGUCCCCACGUUUCACCGGCCCUUACGAGAUCAUCUCCAUUGUCAGCCCCACAACUGUCCGUCUCCGUCUCCCAUCUCACUCCCGAGUUCAUCCCACGUUCCACGUCUCUCAAAUCAAGCCCGUCGUCUCCAGCUCCUUGUGCCCUCCGGCCGAACCCCCUCCACCCGCCCAGGACCAUCAUGGGCGCCGCAUCCAGCGGAUCGUGACCUCCCGUCGGCGAGGUAAGGGGUUUCAAUACCUCGUGGACUGGGUUGGCCGCGGUCCUGAGGAUCGGACAUGGCUCGCCGGCUCCUCCAUCCCGGAUCAGUCUCUUAUCGACUCCUUCCUUUCCUCCCGUCCCUCCUCGUCAUCCUCGGAAUCGUGUUCGUGGUUGACUGGUGGGCGGAGACGCACACCUGCGACUCAUCCAGCAGCACUCGAGGGACUACAAGAACAGCGUUCGAACAGCGAGAGGACGCCAGAGUGUUUUCGUUGCGGUUACCUUCUCGAGCUCCAAGAUCCCCUUCGUGACUCUUCUGUUCCUUCGACCUCCUCCCGAGUCGAACCUGGAUCCAAGGCUCACUCCUACGACCUCCGGUUCCCCUCGCUGUUCUGGAUCUCGGUACCACGGUGCUGCUCGGACCUCCUCGCCCCGCUCAACGGCAACCCGAACACCUGCCAUCAACAUCAAGCUGAGUCCUUACACACACAACCUUCCCGGCCGUGUUCUCUCGCACCUUGUGAACGAUCCGGUUCCCUGUUCCCGAGCCUGCCCGGGCCGUCUCCUCGUUCCCCAGACCGUUCUACCGUCUCUGAGUUGUCUCCCCGUUCCGCAGACUGGUUCUGCUGUCUGAACCUCUCGAGUCAAUAA